GUAAAGUGUCUUCAAACCGGAACUGUAGAUUUUCAUAUGUCAAAGUCAUUAUCUGAUUGCUGUCAGUGGAUGUCAAGUUGAAGUUUCAAUCACCAUCUUUUUGGCCAGCAACAUUUUUGUGGACUGGUGUUUAAUUUUUUACAAUAAAGCUACAAACAUUCAAAAUGCUAAGCCGGAUUGCUCCGGGUGUCUGCACCCAAGCGACCAUGGUGGUCAAUCAACAGCAGUCCCGUAACAUGGCUACUUUAAAAUCGAUUCAAAUUCGUCUGAAGUCAGUGAAAAAUAUUCAAAAAAUCACACAGUCCAUGAAGAUGGUGUCAGCUGCCAAAUAUACUCGAGCUGAACGAGAACUGAAGGCUGCUAGGCCUUACGGAGAAGGGGCUGUCAUGUUUUACGAAAAUGCAGAGGUUACUGCCCCUGAAGACGAACCAAAGCAGUUGUAUAUUGCGAUGACUUCUGACCGAGGUUUAUGCGGUGCUGUUCAUACUGGAGUGUCCAAGGUGAUCAGAACCCGUCUCAGCGAGCCCGGCGCUGAGAACAUCAAAGUGAUCUGCGUGGGAGACAAGUCCCGUGGUAUCUUGCAACGUCUGUACGGGAAGCACAUCAUUAGCGUGGUGAAUGAGAUUGGCCGACAGCCGCCCACCUUCGGGGAUGCAGCUGUAAUUGCCAACGCCAUUUUGAAUUCAGGUUAUGAUUUCGGCUCUGGAAAGAUAAUCUACAACAAAUUCAAGUCUGUUGUCUCUUAUAUGCAGUCUGAUCUGCCAAUCUUCAGCCAGAAGGCUGUUGAGAGUGCCCCAAAACUGGCCACAUAUGACUCAUUGGACGCCGACGUAAUACAAUCCUACAUGGAGUUCUCUCUUGCCUCUAUGCUGUUCUUUGCUCUAAAAGAGGGCGCUUGUUCAGAACAGUCCUCUCGUAUGACAGCCAUGGACAACGCAUCUAAGAACGCCGGAGAAAUGAUUGAGAAACUUACACUCACAUUCAACAGAACUCGCCAAGCCGUCAUCACAAGAGAACUCAUUGAAAUCAUCUCUGGUGCCGCGGCUCUCGAGUAAACCAUCUGAACCGCUGACAGCUGUCAAAUAUAGUCCACAGAAAUUAAGUAGCUCCUGUCAAAGUCAUAGACUACACUUUGAAGUUAUAUGUCAAUGUCAAAUCAUUCAAGUUUUUUUAUUUACAGCUAUUAUGUAUUUACUUUAUAUAAAUUAUUUCUCUUAUUAAUAAAUUUGUGAAUGCAUCGCUGACAUUCCUAAGCGAGCUUAUCCGAGUACAAUGUAAACACACGCAACUCUUGACUGGCUUUAACACCUUACAUUGUGUUCGGGGACGCUCGUUCUGUUCAUGGCCGUUAUCUAUAAGGAUCAAGUGGUGGUUAGAAAUAAAUAAUUAUUUAGAA